CCAUAUAUCCGUUGGUACGAAUUCAUUCAUUGUCAGCAAAUCUCUCUUUGUUAUAAUGGGUUGCCUCUACUCAAAAACCAAACGGCAUCCUGGGUUCGAGGAGAAGCAUACCAUUCUUGCUGCUGAAACGCCUUUCACAGUGGGUGAAGUCGAGGCCUUGUAUGAACUAUUCAAAAAAUUAAGCAGCUCUAUUAUAGAUGAUGGGCUUAUUCACAAGGAAGAGUUCCAGCUUGCACUCUUAAAGAGCAGAAAAACGAAAAAUCUAUUCGCAGAUAGGGUAUUUGAUUUGUUUGAUGUCAAACACAAUGGGGUAAUUGAGUUUGGGGAAUUUGUUCGUUCAUUGGGUAUCUUUCACCCAAAUGCACCUGUAGCAGUCAAAACUGAAUUUGCAUUUAAAUUGUAUGAUCUUCGACAAACUGGGAACAUUGAGCGAGAAGAGUUGAAGGAAAUGGUGUUGGCGUUUUUGCAUGAAUCCGAGCUAAUUCUUUCAGAUGAUCUUCUUGAAUUGAUUGUCGAUAAGACAUUUAAAGAAGCAGAUAUAAAUGACGAUGGAAAGAUUGAUAAAGAAGAGUGGAAAGAAUACGUCUCAAAAAAUCCCUCUCUUAUCAAGAACAUGACUCUUCCUUAUUUGAAGGACUUGAGCUUAAGAUUUCCCAGCUUUGUUGCAAGAUCCGAAUCAGAAGAAUCAGAAUUGUUUUCUCCCAACAGAAUUGAGGAGAUCAGAAGUGAAUAAAUGUCUUCUUUAAAAACAUUUCGUUCUUCUGAAACAAUGAGAGUCAAAGUUUUGUACUACUGUUCAAGCAUUGGUGCAUUGAGGGUAGUGAUAUAUGUUCUUUUCAUUUGUUAGGAAGAAGUUGCAGAAUUGCAACUAGAAAUAUAGGUCUGUAUUUUCAAUAGCUGACCCCAAUUGAUUGGGAUAUAAGGCUCGGUUUGGUUUUGGUAUUUUCAUAGCAGAAGUUUUUGUAAAGGCGAUGAAAUUGCUGAAUUAAUGAGUUUUGUGAUGGGAG